AUGGGUGCGGAGUAUGUAUUCGUAUCACCAGAAUCAAGAAUGUCAUUAUCGACAACAGUUGAAACAAGUCAUAGUAAUAUGGGAGAUGAAGAUUCUGCUAAUUUGGUAUCGGUGACAGUGUCUGCAACGGCAACUGGAAUGCACAACAACACCGCAUCAUUCUCUGACAGUGACAUUGUCACAUCCUCUUCAAUGUGUAGUAGUACCACCAUGAUGGCAAUCAACACCAAAUCAUCUAGUAAUGCUGUUGGAAUGACACCUGACAUUGGUACACAUUAUAGUGAUAAUGAUAAUAAUGACCAUCAUCAUCAUCAUCUUCAUUUACGAGAUCAUAAUCAUCAUGGUAAUGAUAAUCAUCAUAAUAAUAAUGAUGAUACUAGUAGUAGUAGUAGUAGUAGUAAUGAACAUGAACAUGAUGACCAUCAUCAUCAUCAUCAUGAUAGUCAACAACAAAAUAUACAUCAACAACAACAAGUAAUGGAUAAUCAAGAUUUUAGUAAAUUAAGGAAUCUAACUAUAUCUAAAAAAUUCUUGGAUGAGAUUAAUAGUAGUAGUAAGGGAUCGGAACCAGCAACCAAUAAGCCAAUUUCACUCAACAUGUCUAGAGUAUUCGAUCAUCAUCAUGACAAUGACGACGACGACGAAGCGAUUAAAACAAUGGUAGAGGAAGAGGAACUUGAAACACCACCACAAUCACUAGAUGAAAUAUUACAAGAGUUUAAAGAGAUUUACAAUUACCUCUAUGUUGGUGAUCUCAACAAAUUGUUUGGAUUGCGAUCGAUACAAAUGAACGAUAACCAAAGAAUAAGAUGUUUGGGUUUUGACGAUUCAAUUGAAUUGAGUGUACAUGUACAAAGAUAUUUCCAAUACCAAAUCAUUGAUUUUGAAUCAGAAACUGAUAUUCUUUCAAUUACCAAACAAUUUGACCAUUUCUCACAAUUAAUUCUUGGUCGAGGAAGAAAUACACCUGUAGUUAUUCACGAUUUAAUUGGAUAUAAUGAUUUUUUUGGAACAUCACAAAAGCAUUCACAUUAUCAAAAAGUAGAUUCUUGUACAUUAAUUGGUGACGUUACAACAUAUUAUUAUAGAAAUAUGACAAAGAGAAGUCAGCCACAUCAAAAGCCUGCACCAGUGGUCGAGCAACUGAUGCCACCACCCGUACAAGAGAAAAAGGACAAGGGAGGAUUUUUAAAGAAACUAUUCAACUCUUCUAAAAAGGAUAAAAAGACGGUUGAACAAAAACCACGAUCAGCGUCGGUGGCAUUACAACCAGACCAAGCCAAACAAAUACAAAAACAAUAUUCAAAUCCUACAUUGUCACCAGACAACAAACAUACUACUACUACUACUUCUACAUCGUCUACAACAACCACCACUUCGACCGCUGCAUCUUCUGGACAAUUACACAACAACAACAACAACAACAACCCAUACGAAGACAAUGAUGAUACGACACCCAAUUUAGAGUUGGCGAGGGAUUCAAGAGACGAUUCCAAGUUACCUCCAAUUAUUGCAUCAUGCUUUGCCGAGCUUGCCGACGAGCACAAGGAUAUUAUUAAAAAGUGGAGUUUGAAGCAGAUAGAGAUCGACUAUCAUUGGGAAAUCACACUGUGUCUGCUGCAUUUCCAGACCAAGCUACGAUUCUACUCGUCGCAACAAAAGUUUGCAGAAGCCAAUUCGCGCAAGGACCGUCGACGCAGCGACAAGCGACAGGCGUACCUCGAUGGUGGUGCUGGCAAGACACCAUUGGUUGGCGGGGGUGUGGGCACGCUGCCACCGGGCGUAGUAUCGCGUAUCCCACUCACCGACUAUGAAUUGCCUCGCAAUAUCGACUCGAAACUCAUCAACAUUGUACCGACACCAUUUAGCAAAAAGAGUUUAGAUCAUCUUGCCAAAAAGGUCAGCUCGUCAGAGAUCAAGAAACUGUUUUCCAUCAAGGAACGUGUUGGAAAGGGUGGGUUUGGAUCAGUCUACUCGGCGCGUAGCAACGCAUCCAAGGAACGUAUCGCCAUCAAAAAACUACCACACAAAAAGAGUAAAGAACGCAAGAUGAACACACGUGAGAUCCGCGUACUCGAUUAUUGUCGUCACCCCAACAUCAUCUCGUACCACGAGUCGUUCUUGGUGUCGUCGAGUGACGAGUUGUGGGUGUCUAUGGAGUUUAUGGAGGGUGGUACACUCAGCGAAGCCUCUUCGCAAUACCCAUUCCAAGAAUCCAACAUUGCAUACGUUGCACGUGAGAUACUCGUCGCACUACACUACCUCCACAGCAACGGGUUUGUACAUCGUGACCUCAAAUCUCAAAAUGUCAUGAUGACUCCAUCAGGUGACAUCAAACUCAUUGAUUUUGGUCUGUGUGCCAGUCUCAAGAGUGGACCCAAGAUUCGUAUGUGUGGAUCACCGCUCUGGAUGCCACCUGAACAGAUCCAACAGACCUAUCACUCUUUUACGGCCGAUAUUUGGAGUAUGGGAGUCUGUCUACUCGAGCUAGCCAACCGUGCCCACAAACAUCGUAAAGACCCUCUGCGCACCAUGUUUAUGGUGGCCACUGAAGGUUUCAAACAACCCUUUGAAGAUCCCAAUCGUUGGAGUGACCUCUUCCACGACUUUAUCAAUCUAUGUCUCCAGUUUGAUCCAACAAAGCGUCCAUCUGCCCUCCAACUCUUGGCUCAUCCAUUCAUCAGCCAAGCUGAUAACAAAAAGAAAAUGGCUAAAAUUCUAUCUUCUGUUUUCUUGCAAAAUAUUGUUGGCAUUUAA